AUGCACAGAAUCUUGAAAACUUCUAAAGUAGUGGAUGGAGAAUUUUUUGCAACAGUGUACAUUAACGUAAUAGAUACAAAUGAUCACAGACCAGAAUUUUCUCUGUUAGAAUACCAAGUCGUUAUAGCAGAAGACAUUUUGCCAGAGACAGAAAUUUUGCAAGUCAGUGCCUCAGACAGAGAUGAGAAGAAUAAGCUAACUUAUACUAUGCAAAGCAGCAUGGAUCCUACCAGCCUUAGGAAAUUUCGCCUUGAUCCUGUAACUGGCUCACUUUAUACUGUUGAAAAGUUGGAUCAUGAAGUCAUCCAUCAACAUGUUCUCACAAUCAUGGUACGAGAUCAAGAUGUUCCUGUCAAGCGCAACUUUGCUAGAAUCAUCAUUAAUGUUAGUGACACGAAUGAUCAUGCUCCAUAUUUCACCAGUGCUUCUUAUGAAGGCCAAGUAUACGAGUCAGCAGCUGUGGGAUCCAUGGUGGUUCAAGUUACAGCAUUAGAUAAGGAUAAAGGGGAAAAUGCAGAAAUCAUAUACUCUAUAGAAUCAGGAAAUAUUAGGAAUGCUUUCAAUAUUGAUCCAGUCUUGGGUAGUAUUAUUACUGCAAAAGAAUUGGAUCUCAGGAUCCAGGAUGAGUACACUUUGAUGGUGAAAGCAACAGAUAAAGGGAUCCCCCCAAUGAAUGAAGUCACAGCUGUGCACAUUUCAGUCACAAUCUCUGACAAUGCAUUGCCCAAGUUUUCCUUCCAAGAAUAUUCUGCAGAAAUCAGUGAAAACAGUAGCAUUGGCAGCUUCAUCAUCAUGGUUAUUGCAUAUAGCCAGUCAUCUGUAAUCUAUGAAAUAAAAGAGGGUAACAUAGAUGAUGCCUUUACUAUCAACUCACAUUCUGGUGUUAUCGCCUCUCAGAAGAUUCUUGAUUUUGAAACCUUGCCUUUUUAUAGUCUUAUUGUUCAGGGAACCAAUAUGGCUGGCCAGUCCACUAACACCUCUGUACUGGUGCAUCUUCGAGAUGAGAAUGAUAAUGCGCCAACGUUUUUGCAAUCAGAAUACACAGGACUCAUCAGUGAAUCUGCUUCGAUUAACAGUGUGGUUCUAACAGAGAGGAAUAUGCCAUUAGUGAUUCGAGCUACAGAUGCUGACAAAGAAUCAAAUGCGUUACUUGUCUAUCAGAUUGUUGAGCCAUCUGCCCACAAAUAUUUUGCCAUUGAUUCUAGUACAGGAGCCAUUCGUACAGUAAUGACCUUGGAUUAUGAAGAAACCAAUAUUUUUCACUUCUCUGUACAGGUAUAUGAUAUGGGAAUACCACGCUUAUCUGCAGAACAUGCAGCUAAUGUUACCAUUUCCGUAAUUGACAUCAAUGAUUGUCCUCCAGUGUUCUCUAAAGAUCUGUAUGAAGCAACUCUUCUAGUGCCAACAUAUAAAGGAGUAAAAGUUGUUACAGUAAAUGCAAAUGAUCCAGAUUCAGAAGCCUUCUCACAACUCAUGUAUUCUAUUACUGAAGGCAAUAUUGGAGAAAAAUUUUCAAUCAAUUCCAAGUCUGGGUGGAUAACUGUACAAAAUACAACUCAGCUAAGAAGCCGGUAUGAAUUGACAAUCAGAGCAUCGGAUGGCAGGUUUUCAACCACUACAUCUGUCAAAAUUAAUGUAAAAGAGAGCAAGGCAAAUCAGCUGAAAUUUACACGAAGUUCCUAUAAUGCUGUGGUCCAGGAAAAUUCCACAGAAGCGAGAACAGUAGCAGUCAUUACUGCUAUAGGAAAUCAAAUAAAUGAACCUUUGUUCUAUCAGAUUCUAAAUCCAAAUAAUCGAUUUAAAAUCAGUUAUACUUCUGGAAUUCUUUCAACCACUGGAAUACCAUUUGACCGCGAGCAACAGGAAUCAUUUGAUAUUGUGGUAGAAGUGACUGCAGAACAUAAUCCAUCCAUAAUUGUACACCUUGUGGUAAAGGUCACUAUAGAAGACAUAAAUGAUAAUGUCCCUGUCUUUGUCAAUCUUCCAUAUUAUGCCACUGUUAAAAUAGAUACUGAAGUUGGUGAAGUGAUUCACUAUGUCACUGCUGUAGACCAUGAUAUUGGUAGAAAUGGUGAAAUACAGUAUUACUUCAAGGAAUACAGUGACCAAUUCCAAAUAGGGGAAACUGGUGAAAUCACACUCAAGAAACAGUUUGAUCCAGAAACACUAAACAAAGAGUAUCGUCUUACUGUGGUAGCCCAGGAUAAAGGAGAACCAAGUUUAUCUGCUGAAGUAACAGUUCCAAUCACUGUGGUAAAUAAAGCCAUGCCAAUAUUUGAAAAAACUUUCUACAGUGCAGAGAUACCUGAAAAUAUCCCAGUCCAUAGUCCAGUGGUUCAUGUGCAAGCAUAUAGUCCAGAAGGACUGAAAGUGUUUUACAGCAUUACAGAUGGUGAUCCUUUUGAUCAAUUUAAUAUCAACUUCAAUACUGGAGUUCUCAAUGUUAUUGCCCCCUUAGAUUUUGAGGCCCAUCCUGCUUACAAAUUGAGCAUCCGGGCUACUGAUUCAUUGACGGGGGCCCAUGCUGAAGUAUUUGUGGAUAUAAUAAUUGAAGACAUCAAUGAUAAUCCUCCUGUCUUCACAGAGCAAAGAUACACUGCCACCAUUUCUGAGGCAUCUAUAAUUGGAACAUCUGUUGUACAUGUCGGGGCCACUGAUGCUGAUUCUGGAGCAAACAGAAAGGUUUCUUACCACUUGGUAGGCAACAUUAGCAAGAACAAUGAUUAUUUUGUUAUAGAUAGUACAGGGCUCAUUCUGAUAGCAAGGAACUUGGAUUUUGAACAAGCUCGACAACACACAUUGUUGAUAAAAGCAAUAGACAGUGGAAUGCCUCCACUGAGCAGUGACGUUGUUGUAACUGUUGAUAUAACAGACCUGAAUGAUAACCCACCAGUGUUUAACCAGCUGCUUUAUGAAGCUAAUAUCAGUGAAUUGGCUCCCCAUGGGCACUUUGUAACAUGUGUAAAAGCCUCCGAUCCAGACAGUUCAGAUUCAGAAAAGCUUAAAUAUUCCAUACUAACAGGCAAUGAUAACAUGCAUUUUGUUAUCGAUAGCAAUACUGGGGUCAUCACUCUUUCAAACAUACAUAAACAGACUCUGAAAUCAGUUUAUCAUCUCAAUAUAUCUGUCUCUGAUGGAGUCUUCAGAAGUUCAGCUCAGGUUCACAUAAAUGUAAUUGGAGCCAAUUUGCAUAGUCCUAUGUUCAGUCAGAAUGAAUAUGAGGUAGAACUAGCUGAAAAUGCUCCAUUGCAUACCCUGGUGACUGAAGUCAAAGCUACAGACAAAGAUACUGGCAGUUAUGGGUCUGUAACAUACCAUAUUAUGAAUGAAUUUGCAAAAGACAGAUUUUAUACUAAUGAGAGGGGGCAAAUAUUUACUUUGGAAAUACUUGAUCGUGAAACUCAAGCUGAAAAGGUCAUCUUUAUUAGGUUCAUGGCUAAGGAUGCUGGGGGAAAAGUGGCAUUCUGCAGCAUCAAUGUCAUACUUACUGAUGUUAAUGAUAAUGCUCCGCUUUUCCGAGCAACUGAGUAUGAAGUUAAUAUUGGGUCCGAUGUUCCAAGAGGUACAUCUAUCAUCAAAGUCUUGGCUUCCGAUGCUGAUGAAGGUUCCAAUGCAGAUAUCACUUACACAAUUGAAGCAGAUUCUGAGCAUGUUCAGGAGAAUUUAGAAAUUAAUCAUUUGACUGGAGUAAUAACCACAAAAGAAAGCUUAAUUGGGUUAGAAAAUCAGUUUCUUACAUUUUUUGUUAGAGCAAUGGAUGGUGGAUCUCCACAAAAGGAUUCUAGUGUCCCCCUAUAUGUUAGAAUACUCUCUCCUGAAAUACGUUUGCCAAAAUUUUCAGAACCAUUUUAUUCUUACAUUCUUUCUGAAGAUACUCCUAUUGGGACUGAAAUUGAUAUUAUACGAGCAGAGCACACCCAUACCUUGUUAUAUAGUCUUGUUAAAGGAUAUACACCUGAAAGAAAUAAAGAUGAUUGUUUUGUGAUAGACAAGCAUAAUGGAAGGCUAAAAGUUGAAAAAACUCUGGAUCAUGAGGUAACUAAAUGGUACCAGUUCUCAGUGCUUGCAUAUUUUAUGAAUGAAAAUUAUAAAGUUGUCUCUUCUGUAGACAUAAGUAUUCAAAUCAAAGAUACAAAUGAUAAUGCACCAAUUUUUGAAGCCAAUCCUUAUGAAGCAUAUUUAGUAGAAAAUAUGCCAGCUGGAUCAAAAGUCAUACGGGUAAAAGCAAUGGACCAGGAUUCUGGGAACAACGGACAAAUUACUUACAAGCUGGAGCCAACCCAGGAUACUGAAAUCCUGGAGUCUUUUGGCAUAAAUCUGGAAACUGGCUGGAUUACCACUCUAAGAGAGCUUGAUCAAGAAAAGCAAGACAAAUACCAAAUUAUUGCGAUGGCGUCUGACCGUGCUGAAAAAAUGCAGUUGUCCUCCACCACUGUUGUGGAAGUUUAUGUAGCUGAUGUGAAUGACAGCCCUCCUCACUUUACUGCAGAGAUUUAUAAAGGAACAGUCAGUGAAGAUGAUCCAGUUGGAGGAGUAGUUGCUAUAAUAAGCACUACGGAUGCUGAUUCAGAAUAUUCUAAUAGACAAGUCAACUAUUUUAUUACUGGAGGUGAUCCAUUGGACCAGUUUGCUGUAGAAAAUAUACAGAAUGAAUGGAAAGUUUAUGUCAAGAAGCCAUUGGACAGAGAAGUAAAAGAUAAUUACCUUCUAAAUAUCACAGCUACUGAUGGGAUGUUUGCUGCUAAAGCAGUGGUAGAAGUAAAAGUCCUUGAUUCAAACGACAACAGCCCAGUUUGUGAAAAGGCCUUGUAUACAGACGCUGUUCCAGAAGAUUCCCCACCAGGCAAAUUCAUCAUUCAAGUCAUGGCCACAGAUGCAGAUAUUCGUUCCAACGCAGAAAUAACUUAUACAUUAUAUGGUGCUGGCGCAGAAGAAUUCAGACUCAGUCCAGACACAGGUGAACUGAAAACAUUAGCAACGCUUGAUCGUGAGCAAAAAUCUAUAUAUUUCCUUAUGGUAAAGGCUUCAGAUGCAGGAGGAAGAUUUUGCCAGUCUGAUAUUAUUCUGAAUAUAGAAGAUAUAAAUGAUAACCCUCCAGAGUUUACAGCAGAAACAUACUCCAUCACAGUGUUUGAAAACACUGAAUUGAACACUUUGCUGACAAGAGUUCAUGCUACUGAUUCAGAUGCAGGUUUAAAUCAGAAGAUUCAUUAUUCCCUGCUAACACAUGUAGAUGGGCAGUUUUCUAUUGAUGAAUCCUCUGGGAUUGUUAAGUUAGAAAAGCCCUUAGACCGGGAGUUACGAGCAGUGUAUCAUUUAAUAUUGAAAGCUGAAGAUGAAGGUUCACCAAGGAAGCUGUCUUCUACUGCUACUCUGGUGGUUUCUGUUUUGGAUAUAAAUGACAAUCCCCCUGUCUUUGAGUAUAAAGAAUACAGUGCAACCAUAUCAGAAAACGCAAUAGUUGGGAUGGAAAUUCUUCAGGUCUAUGCUGCUAGUCGGGAUAUUGAAGCCAAUGCUGAAAUCACGUACUCGAUAGUGAGUGGAAAUGAACAUGGAAAAUUCAGUAUCGAUUCAAAAACAGGUGGAAUUUUUAUUAUUGGAAGCCUUGAUUAUGAAAUUUCCCCUGAGCAUUUUCUGAUGGUGGAAGCCACAGAUGGAGGAACACCUUCGCUAAGUGAUGUUGUAACAGUGAAUAUAAACAUAACUGAUAUCAAUGAUAAUACUCCAGUAUUCAGUCAAGACACUUAUACAGCAGUAAUCAGUGAAGAUGCUGAGGUUGAACAAUCAGUCAUCACAAUUCUUGCAGCUGAUGCUGAUGGGCCUUUGAACAACUGCAUUCGAUACUCUAUUAUAGAUGGCAACCAAGGAAAUCCUUUCACAAUUGAUACUACCUUGGGGGAAAUUAAAGUGGCUAAACCUCUCGACAGAGAGAAAAUUUCAGGUUACACUUUGACAGUUCAAGCAUCAGACAAUGGAUAUCCGCCAAGAAGUAACACAACUACAGUCAAUAUUGAUGUAUCUGAUAUAAAUGAUAAUCCACCCUUAUUUUCAAAGGAGAAUUAUACCAUUAUUAUUCAGGAAAAUAAGCCAAUUGGAUAUAACAUUCAGCAGCUGGUGGUCACAGACAAAGACUCCUCCCAUAAUGGUCCACCAUUUCUUUUCACAAUUCUGAGUGGAAAUGAACUUAAUGCUUUUGAGAUCAACCAACAUGCUGUACUUACAACUGGUAUUCAACUACAGCGCAAAGUGAAGGAUCAUUACGUGCUCCAUAUUAAGGUGGCUGACAGUGGAAGGCCUCAGUUGUCUUCUGUGAGUUAUAUUGACAUUAAAGUCAUUGAGGAAAGUAUCCAUCCUCCUGCAAUCCUGCCCUUAGAAAUCUUCAUCACAAUCUUUGGAGAAGAAUAUGGUGGUGGUGUCAUUGGAAAAGUGCAUGCAACAGACCAAGAUGUUUAUGACACUCUAACAUACAAACUGGAUCCCCAGAUGGAAUCUCUGUUCAGUGUUUCUAGCACUGGAGGGAAACUGAUUGCUCACAAAAAGUUAGAUGUAGGACAAUACCCCCUGAAUGUUACUGUUACAGAUGGAAAGUUUACCACUGCAGCUGUCAUUGCAGUACAUAUCAAACAGGUCACACAAGAAUUGCUGAAUCACAGCAUAACUUUUCAGUUUGGAAACCUUGCCCCAGAGGAAUUCAUUGGUGACUAUUGGCGCAAUUUUCAAAGAGCUUUAAGGACUUCCUUGGGAGUUAGAAGAAAUGAUAUUCAGAUAAUCAGCUUGCAACCUUCCGAUCAUCCAUCAAAUCUUGAUGUACUGCUGUUUGUUGAAAAGGCUGCUAGUUCUCAGCAUUCAACCAGAGCCUUGCUCCACAAAAUAAAUUCCUCUGUGCCUGAUCUUGAAGAGAUCUCAGGUGUCCAAAUUCUUAAAGUUUUUCACAAACUCUGCUUGGGUUUGGAUUGCCCUUGGAAAUUUUGUAAUGAAAAAGUGAUGGUGGAUGAGAAAAUUAUGUCAACUCACAGCACGGCUAGACUGAGUUUUGUCACACCACAUCACCAUAGAAGUGCAGUCUGCCUUUGUAAAGAUGGAAGAUGCCCACUCAUGAACAGUAUUUGUGAAAGAAAUCCAUGCCCUGAAGGUACUGAAUGCUUAGCUGACCUUCAGGAAGAGAAGUACACUUGUGUUUGUGAUGGAAGCACUGCCACCCAGUGCCCUGUUUCAGCAGGACAAGCAGUGACUUUUACUGGAAGCAGUUAUGUGAAGUAUCGCCUCAUAGAAAAUGAAAACAAAGAGGAAAUGAAACUGACGAUGAGGCUCAGAACCUAUUCUACUCAUGCGGUUGUCAUGUAUGCCCGAGGAACUGACUACAGUAUUUUAGAGAUUCACCAUGGGAAACUUCAAUACAAAUUUGACUGUGGAAGCGGUCCUGGAAUUGUGUCUGUGCAGAGCAUUCAAAUUAGUGAUGGCCAGUGGCAUUCAGUGUCUCUUGAAGUGGAUGGAAACUAUGCUAAACUGAUUCUAGAUAGGGUGCACACUGCCUCUGGUAUUGCCCCUGGUACUCUCAGGACACUGAAUUUAGAUAACCAUGUAUUUUUUGGUGGUCACAUUCGACAGCAGAGUAUGAGACAUGGAAGGAGCCCACAGGUUAGCAAUGGCUUCAGAGGCUGUAUGGAUUCCAUUAUACUCAAUGGUCAAGAAUUGCCCCUAAAUAACAAACCUCGGAGUUAUGCUCAAAUGGAAGAAUCUGUGGAUGUAUCUCCUGGAUGUUUACUGACAACUAUGGAGGAUUGUUCAAGCAGUCCAUGCCAGAACGGAGGCAUUUGUAAUCCACUCCCCACUGGAGGUUAUUAUUGUAAGUGUGCAGCUGCAUUUAUGGGUACACACUGUGAAGUAAAUAUCAACCCAUGUGCUUCCAAUCCCUGCCUUUAUGGUGGCACUUGUAUUUCCAUCAAUGAUGAAUUCAUCUGCCAGUGCAGAGGGCUAUAUACAGGUCAGAGGUGUCAGAUUGGUCCAUAUUGCAAAGACAACCCCUGUAAGAAUAGUGGCAAAUGUAUUGAUAGCUUAGAUGGUCCUGUUUGUGAAUGUGAGGCUGGUUUUCAUGGUGAGAGGUGCCUAACUGAUGUUGAUGAAUGCAUAGAAAACCCAUGUCUGAAUGGCGCUCUGUGUGAGAAUACAUAUGGUGCUUAUAACUGUAACUGUAGUCAUGGAUUUGGAGGAAAACAUUGUGUUGAGGUCCUUAAUAAAUAUGUUUCAACUUCCUGGAACAUUGGCUUAGCCGAAGCAAUUGGAAUAAUCAUUUUCAUAGCAACAAUCUUAGUCCUAGUUGGGGUUUUUGUUUUCUGUCGCCGAAUGAUCAGAAAAAAGAGGAAAAGCCAGCCACAACCAGAAGACAAACACCUAGGAACCACAACAGCUUUCUUGCAAAGACCAUACUUUGAUUCCAAACUGAAUAAGAACAUUUAUUCUGACAUUCCACCUCAGGUGCCUGUACGCCCCAUUUCAUAUACUCCAAGCAUUCCAAGUGACUCUAGAAACAACUUGGACAGAAAUUCUUUUGAAGGUUCCACUAUUCCAGAACAUCCAGAGUUUACUACUUUUAACCCUGACUCUGUACAUGGUCAUAGAAAAACAGUGGCUGUUUGCAGUGUAGCUCCUAAUUUGCCACCACCUCCUCCAUCCAAUUCUCCAUCAGACAGUGACUCAAUACAGAAACCCAGCUGGGAUUUUGAUUAUGACACUAAAGUUGUGGAUCUUGAUUCCUGCCUGCCAAAGAAGCCUCUGGAAGAAAAGGAGUCUCAGCCUUACAGUGCUCGGGAAAGUAUGUCCGAGGUCCAGUCCCUCAGCUCGUUCCAGUCAGAAUCAUGUGAUGACAAUGAGUCUUUUGCUGUUCCUGACCUGGGCAAUUCAAGAGGCUAUCACUGGGAUACUUCUGACUGGAUGCCAAAUGUCCAACUGCCUGGCAUACAAGAAUAUCCAAAUUAUGAAGUUGUUGAAGAGACGGCACCUCUGUACACAGAUCCAAAUUCAAUUGAUGCUGACUAUUAUGCUGGAGGUUAUGACAUUGAAAGUGACUUUCCACCUCCACCAGAUGAUUUCCCUGUUCCUGAUGACCUCCCACCCUUGCCACCAGAAUAUAAUGAUCAGUUUGAUUCCGUACAGCAAUCCAGGGACGUAUCUGCUGUAGGUAGCUUAGAGUCUUCGGUGAGGAGCAGGCAAAGAUUCAAUCUCAACCAGUAUCUUCCCCAUCACUACCCUUCAGACAUUUCAGAACCUCAGAACACAAUAAAUGGAAUCCCUACAAAUUUCCAAGAAACUUUUGCUCCUUACACUGUAGGCUACAGCAGAGACCCUGUAGAGAACAUGUCCAUUUCUGCAUAUGCUUCCACAGCUUCAUGCUCCGAUAUGUCAGCAUGCUGUGAAAUGGAGUCUGAGGUAAUGAUGAGUGACUGUGAAAGUGGGGAUGACAGCCAUUUUGAAGAUGUGAUCAUUCCACCACUUGAUCCUCAGCAGCACACAGAAGUCUGAUACUCUUCCUAAAAUAAAAUUUAAAAAGUGCCUGGAUGCUAAUGAACUAAAAAAAAAGAAAAAGGAUUGUAGAGAAUCUUGAAGAGCUUUUUCCCUCCCUGGCAAUGCUUGAGCGCUAUUAUUUCAGUGAACUAAAACUGGCAUGGCUGCAAUGGAAUAUGCAGCUCAUAUUAACCAAUUUUCCAUUUUUUUCCUCCUGCAGUUUCACUAAUCACAGGUCUCCUGUGUAUUUU